CUGCCAUCCUCCCAUUCAGUCCGGGUAAUAUCAAACCUUUUUACUCGUGCUGCUCCCACACGUAGAACUUUCGGUUGGCUAAAGAUGUUACAUUCGUCCAAGCAGGAGGUAAAAAUAACCUUUUGGUCGCGUGAUCUUACAACUGUCCAUGUCUGGGCAGGCCAGAAGCCCUUCCCACUUGUCUUUAGGAACCGUAGCGAAGUUACAUGGAGAAAAAAAAUGAUCGGUAACGAAAGGAGCUUUUCGUCCAUUUGCGAGCAAGAAUAUGGUCUAGACUGUGGACUGAUGAAUCAGGGACCCGGGCACUGGUGUGAGGGGAGGGGGGAUACAAAUAGAGCGGACUUGGACCUCCAACCCAUUCGCUUCGCAAGGUUCGUCUUUCAACUUGGAACCUAUCCUCUGACCGGCAAAGACCAAAUCACCACAAUGCACUCCAUCCUCGUCCUCGCCACUCUUCCCUUGGCUGCCUUGGCCGCUCUCAACGGCAGGUGCACAGGCAGCGCGGCCACUGGCAAGUGGGGAGAGUCUGGCAUUUGCGUCAGGACAUCGACUUGCAACUCGUAUGGCGGCUCAUACAAGACUGGUGCCUGUCCCAACGACCCGUCCGACGUCAAGUGCUGCUUGGUCGGUAUCACUCCUAACGCUGCCACACAACCCUGUGGUGCCGAUUCGUGGUGCACCUGGACGUCGAACGGUUGCCUGGGUAGAUGGAUCUCUGAGCGUUGCCCUGGCGGAUCAAAUUACAAGUGCUGCAAUAUUUAGGUCAGACGCUCAACUACAAGGAUGGGGAGUUAUAUGUAUCCACCAGUCGAACGUUGAAUACCUCUCCUAGGAUUGGGGAUGGCUCUAUCAAUAUGAUGUCAUCUUCAGUUCAGAAUUACAUAUCAGCGGUUCUUCAGAAAGAUCUUGAUCAAGUCCACGGGCGAGUAAUUGGCCCAAGUAACACGGCGAAAGAUAUCUGUUGCGAGGGUGGGUACUUGUAAGUACCCAAGGUAGGCAAGGUGGUCAGGCAGCCAAAUUCGAGUAAGUCGGUUGAGACAUAGCUCCCAAUACCGCAACAGCGAGCCAAUCAUACACACUGCGAGUAUAUUAACCUGCAUCCUGGGUAGCACAGCGGGGUGAUGAGGCAAGCUUGAAUGUAACGCUCGAGCUGGGGAACGGCGGUGCAAGCGUAUGAUUUUGGGCUAACUGGGAACCACUUCAAAUUCCAGGCCACAGGAGACCUGCUUUUCUUUCCUGCGCAGCUCUUCUUGUCUCACAACUGGACUUACAACACCUUUCGGAAGACUUUGAGAUGGCCACCAACACCACAGAAUCAGUUGCAUGCGGCAGGAAGGACUAUUUCGCUUGUAGUCCUAACGUCACAAUCGACGGGUGUUGUCCGAUAGGAUACAUUUGCGGAGAGAGGACAUGCCACCUCCCGGGUUGGGACGAGAACUUGAGUUUGACGGAGCCUGUAGGGCCAUAUCCCAACUUUGAAGGUUACCGUGCUUGUCACGAGGAUACUGGAGGUGAGCAGUUCUCUCUCUCACCUUUCACGCGAAGGCUAUCUGUGAGACUAAUCCUCAGCAGGGAACUGUUGCCCAUUCAACUAUGCCUGCCUUUCGAUCCUGCAAGCAGCUCAGCGGCUCUCUCUUUGGCACGUCUCACAACACACGCCGAAAGAGGCGCGGGGUCGUCAUCGACAACCGUAACAGACACUUCGCCCGAUGCGAUGGGAAGGGA